AUGGCUGAUAAGGUUUUAACCCUUGGUCAGCGAGUGAUAGUUGUAGGAAAGGAUGUGAAAGGUUCGGUAGCAUACGUUGGGUAUCCUACUUUUGCUUCUGGAAAAUGGAUCGGGAUAAUAUUGGAUGAGCCUAAGGGAAAGAAUAAUGGUACCGUCCGUGGGCAUUCUUAUUUUCGUUGUGAAGAGAACUAUGGUGUUUUCGUACGUCAAACCCAAAUUCAGCUCUUGGACGCACAAGAUAAUCCCAUGGACACCUCAAUGACCACUUCAUUUGAAGAGCCAUCAAUUAAGUCAUCAAGCAACAGGCGCCUGAGCAGUUCACGCCCACAAAUGGUAUCGCCAAGCCCUGAGAGAUCAAAUAUGAGGAUCAAACGAGUGUGUUUCUUUCUGGCUAGUAUAACAGUGGCCCAGAGGUCUAGACCAACCACCGUCAGGCGGAAGGCGUCCCCGGCGCAGACGAAAGCAGGAACCUUGUCAAUGUCGAGCUCGAGGACCUCUCUCGCUAGUAGCCGCCAGUCUCUUACGUCGUAUACGUCACCGACGACAGAGAGGGCUACGUCACCAGAUCUCACGAAGAGGGCGUCGUUUGUCGAGACCGGUUUUGUUGAGACGUUGACACCGCAGUACACCCCUGGACAGAGCAUUACGUCACCGCAAACCGCCUCCACCGCCGUCGAGGACAAACUAGCCAACAUGCAGGCUCAGCAAGAGAUCACAAACCUCAAGGCGGAAGUCGAAGAUCUGAAGGAGAAGCUAGAGACUCUGAAAGUUAGACGUGCUGAAGACCGGGAGAAGCUUCGUGAGCUCGAACGUCUGCGUCUCCAGUUGGACCAAGCUAAUGAAUUCAAGACCAAGAUCAUGGAGUCUCAAGCUCAACUGCAACGAGACCUACAACGCGCUAAGCAGGAGGUCCGCGAAGCACAAGAAGCAUUAGAGGCCCAUAAUGAUGAGACCGCAGAACUUCAAGAAGCAGCUGAGAUGGCGGCGUUGGACAAAGAAAUGGCCGAGGAGAGGGCUGAAGCUUUACAGAUGGAACUGGAGCAGUGCCGAGAUAAGUUGGAAGAGGCUACUCUCGACCUUCAGCUUAUGCGCGCUGAAAUGGAAGCCGGAGGGAAUAUCCAGCACCCGUACGCAGCGGCCGAUGGCGGCGCCACCGGAUACGAGAUGAGAGCUCUGCAGCAGCAGAACGUGCGUCUCAGGGACACGCUGGUCCGUCUGCGUGAUCUCUCCGCGCACGACAAGCACGCUAUGCAGAAGAUGCAAAAGGACUUGGAACAAUACAAAUCGGAAAUAGCUGAACUGAGCCGUACGAAAGAAAAACUAUCGGCCAGAGUCGAGGAGUUGGAAGCGCAAGUUGCGGAUCUCCGCGAGCAAGUCGACGCUGCUUUAGGUGCUGAGGAAAUGGUAGAGCAACUAGCAGAGAAGAAAAUGGCUUUAGAGGACCAAGUUGAACAACUCAAGCAAGACGUGUCCGAGCUGGAAGCCUUGCAAGAAGUCCACGAACAGUUGGUGGAGUCGAACAGGGAGCUGGAGAUGGAUCUGAGGGAGGAGUUGGAGAUGGCGCACGCCGCUACUAGAGAGGCGGUGCGUGAACGUGAGGCGGCUCUAGAGACUAUAAUGGACAGGGACGCGACCAUCGUGAAAUUCCGCGAGCUGGUUCAUAAGAUGACCGAGCAGUAUAACGAGCUCCGAGCGCAACUUGACUCCAAAGAAGAGUCGAUCCGCCCCGAGCAGGAGUCCCCGGGGCAGGCUGUCCGCGCGUCUCCAGCGGAGCUGGGCUCGCUGGUGCAGGCGUCGCGCGCGUCCACGCGCUCCGUGGACCUGCAGCUGCGCGCGCUCGAGCUGGCGCAGGCGCGUGCCCGCGCCGACAUGCUGGCCGCCUGCCUGCCCGACCACUUCAUGGCCACCGCCGGGGACCACGACGCAAUAUUGCUCAUUCUACUAUUGCAGCGGCUCAACACAAAAGCGGACAUCAUACUUGGGCAAAUACGAGAAAAAUUCCCAGCUGUGAACGUGUGGGACAGAGAGGUCAUCACCAAGACGCACACGGCCGUCCAGUACAGCUUCCGGUGCCAGCUCGAAUAUCAGUUGCAUAUGAUACAGUGCCUAGUGAGCAUGUGGUCGGAAGCGUUGGAGACGUGCAGCCCGGAGCAGCUGCUGCGCGCUGCGAGCGCGCUGCCCGACGCUGCGGCGCAGGAGCGUGCGCUCGAUGCGCUCACGUCGCUGCUGCGCUCCAACGAGCUGGACGAGAACUGCGCGCUCGAAGGAGUGGAGCGGUGCUGGUCGUAUUUGGCGGCGAUGUGGUCCGCGCUGGGCAUGAGCGCGGGUGGUGCAGCGCGCGAGCCCGUGCUGCGCGCUUGUGCUGCACUCGAUGCGCUCGCGCGCGCUCUGCACGCUGACGCUCGCGCGCUCUCGCACGUGCUGCAGGCGUCGGAUAAGCAGCACGUGUUGGGACAGCUUCACGAGCUGAUCAUGAACAGCAGUACAGCUCUGCAGCAGCAGCUGAAGAGCGUCCGUCGUCGUCUGCCCCCUGGCGUUCAUCUGGAUAAAUUGCCUUUGGACUUGCAACUGGUGGAACGGCUACGCAGCGACUGCGCCACGACGCUGUGGCGUUGCAGCAAGGCGGUGGCGCUGGCGGCUCGAGCCGCGGCCGCGUGUGCUGCUACUGCGGGCGAGCGCGGCGAGGGCGCAGCGCUGCCCGCCGACACGCUGGCCGCCGUCUGGGAGGCCGCCACCGACAAGGUCUACCAGCAGGACGACCACGGGCCCGUACCCACUAUACGGCACGCACUGAACAUCGUGUCAGCGGACGUGAACAAGUUGGCCGCGUUCGCGCAAGAGAACGAGUACGACAUGAUGUCGCUCACCAACGUGCAAGUGGACAAGCCAACACCGCCGGUGGUGCUUAGAGCCCAAUUGGUGAAGAAGCAGUUGGAGGAGACGAAGACGCUCACCAUCAAACUGGAGAACAAAGAGGCUGACAUCAAAGAGCUUAGGAAGGCGCUUAAGGCGAAACAAGAGGAACUAUCAGAGAUGCAGAUCCGCAGGGAGCUGGGAGAGCGGAAACUGUUGACGGCCGCGACGGAAGCUGGACAACGUGCCGAAACGCUGCAGAGGAGACUGGACGACACACUCAACCAACUUAAGAAGAAAGAAAAGGAAUAUGAAGAGACCCUGGACCAUCUGCAGCAGGACAUUGAGUCGCUGGAGAGCGAGCGUGGCACUCUGAGGAACAAGUUGAAGUUGUACACGAAACGAGGCGGCUCGCACCACGAGGAGACUCCAGUGAAGGUAGCAGAAGGUGUUGCCGCUGGAGAGGUCAACGAGGCCUUGCAGCAUCAGAUCAAAGUGCUGAGUUGGACAGUGGAGCGCGAGCGUGCGGCCCGAGUGGCGGCUGCGCGGCGAGCGGACCGCGGCGCGGUGCGAGCGCUGCGCCCGCUGCAGCACCCCGCCGCGCCGGAGGCGGCCGCGCGCCGCCGCGCCGCGCUGCAGCUCGAGCGUGACCUUGCCAAGUUGCACGCGGAGUGGACGUUAUUUGUGGCGCGUUCAGGUCUCGUGAAGUUCCCCGACGACCCGAGCAAGUACGGCAAAGCGCUGCAGCAACAUAAGGAGAAGCAACGAGAAAUAAGACGGCAGCUUGAAGAGCGUUUGGCGGCGCUUCAGGCGGAGGCACGUAACCUUCUAAUGCUGCAUCGGCCCUGGAGAUGCGUGGAGGCUGACUUCGCUGAGUUUCCCGCACCGGAAUUGGCAGCUGCUAUAAACCCGAAGACUGUGAAAGUGGGGACAAUCCGUUACCCAGCCUCGGAACUGGCGCAAACCAACGAGGACACGGUCUACGUUACUCCGUCACAGCUCGCCAAACUGCGCGAGCUGGUAACAGAACUGCAGUCCGAAGACGUCAAGUUAGAGCUCGCUCCUCUAGAUGACACCGUUUGUGCGGCUUGA